CUUCAUACGUUCAAGAUAUACACUACACCACGAAAGAAAAUGGUGUUGAAGAAACUCAUCUGUUUCUGCCUGGUAGUAGCGAUGGUUCGCAGUGACAUGACGGAAAAGGUCUCCAGCUUCAUAGAAACAUCUCCCACAACAUCCAACAGCGUGACCCAAAAUUUAGAACAACUAAAGAAAGAUGGAGCAAACCCACAGAUGAAUGGAAUUUCUCCUCGUUCCUCGGGCUCUCUUUUCGGACUCGGGAUCGGUGGAAAUCUGCUAGGAGUGCACGCAGGUGCAGGUAUAGGCCAUGGCCGUGGAGGCUAUGGUGAUAUGGGCCAGGGGUUUGUUGGCAAACCUGCGGGAAGUCAAUAUCCACAACAUCCACAGUAUCCACAACAACCCAUGUAUCCACAACUCCCCAUGUAUCCACAACAACCCAUGUAUCCACAACCCCCCAUGUAUCCACAACAUCCACAAUAUCCAUACUCUUCGUAUAUGCAGCCACAACCUUACUAUGUCCCAGCAGCUCAGUGAACGCCUCAAGGAAUGCCACCAGCAAGAGCUCCAACGUGUUACCUUCCCCCUUGCACAUAAAUAUAUCUCAGCUGGAGAACUCAUUGUAUAGAGAUCUCUCUACAUAAUUCUUUAUUUAGCACUACUCAAAUAUAUUUUCAUGAAUAAAGCAUUAAAAAUGCA